UCGGACUGUAGUGCCUAGGGCCCAGCAGUAAAAUUUUAUUUGGGGGCCCACUGUACAUUCAAAUAUUACCUGCUCACACUGCAGCAAGAUGCUACCAGAUGACUUUGAGAAAGUAGGUGUUGGAACCGAUAAAAUUGACAUCUAUGAUACAGCGUUGAUGCAAAGAUGUUCCUUGAUAUCUGGAACUGAAUCCGCCCUGGUCUGCUUGAUAUGCAAAUGAGGACCAUCAAAGGGUUCUUGGGGCAGGACACUGAUGAAAGGAAGAUCUGCCAGGACUGUCGCAUCCUGGGGAAAGCCCGACCCCCCUGCUGGUAUUUACUGCCCACACCUGUGUCAGCAAGGACAUACAUGCUGGGAUAUGGCAGGGGUAUAUGAUAUAACUUUCUUCCUGUGUAAUUACCUGCAAUAACCUAGCUUACAAAUACAAGUCUUCCUGGACUCUACAAUUAAGAAUGUGAUUCGCUGAGACCUGCUGGAGAGGAGUGUUCUGAGUACAGAGAAAAGCCCAUGGCAUGUGUGACUGAGAGAGAGAAUGGUGUAGCUAGCUAAAGGAUCCUGACCCCCUCCAAUCCCCUUUCCCAUUCCCUUAAUUGUAUUUAGAAUGUAGGUAUAUCCCUAUUUGUAAAUAAAUCCAACACUGAGUUAAGAUACAGUUGUUCUUCAGUAAUUUAAGGCACCCGCAAAGCAGAGCACAUUCUACAUUUGGCACCCCAGAUGGGACUGUGGAAAUUCCUAAAUCCACAUAGAACCUAUAGGACGGAAUUGCUCUAAUUCAAAUUGCUGAAAGAACAGACCAGACCUUUUGCACAGAUUCCGUGCUGAAGUCAGCUGGAUUUUGGACUUCGUAGAAGGAUUGAAAGUGUGGUGAGUUAUUCAUUGGAUAUGCAAAAGUUCUAAUUGUUUGUUGUCCUUGAGUGUAUGUGGAGUUGUAAUAGUGGAUAAAGUAUUGAAUGCUGUAUGUUAAUGAGCGUUAAAGCAGAGGAAAGUGUGGAUUCUCUGUAGAGGAACAAUUUGUGCUUGUUUGGAAUCUUGACUUGAGUUCAGACUAAGUGUGUGCAUGUAUGUAAAGACAUUGUGGGAACACUGAAAAGUUUGGUUCUUUGUCUUGUUCACUUGUGAGUGUGUAUUGGCAGUACAAUAGCUUUUAUUUUAAUAGUUGUAUCUUGUGUUGAGUGUACAUUGGUGAAAUGGAACUGGCCUAUAGUUAUGUUAAGAAUUAUGCCUCUGCCAAGUAUCAUUCAUGUGCAGAUGAACCUCUUAAGAGUCAAGUUAAUGCGUUGUUGUCUCAGUGUCAGCAACAUAAUGACAAGCUGCAGAGUAGACCACUUACAAAGAAAGGUAACAAACAGAAAUUGGCUAACGAAAUUGCGGUAUUGCUCAGAAUCACAGAAAUUUCUGAGCAAAUGGGGGAGCAAUGGAGAGCAGAAAGGAGUCAUCUUGGAGAGCAGAUAGAGAAAAUUGGAGAUAAUCUUAGUAGCAUUGCAACUGCCUCCAGUGUUGAAAUGGAUGACUUGAGGGCUACUGUGUGCAAUUUAUCCGAAAGAAAUUGUGAGUUGCAAGAACAAUUGGAACAAUGCAAUGCAAACUUUGAUAUGAAGAGUAGGCUUGUUGGUUCAUUGCAACUAAAAUUAUCUCAUAUGGAGGAAUUGAUAAUGUCUUUGGAGAGGAAAUUGGAAGAUGCAAACUCCCAGCUACUUAGAAAGGAGCAAUGGAUAUUAUCCCUCAAUGAACGGAAGAAAAAGUGUCCAUCAGCCAAUAUCUGUAUUGUCACUGAUGUGAAUACAUCCAAUGAGGUGGCAUUAGCAAAUUCUCCUGGAUAUUUAGGGGAGGGCACUAGUGUACUCACAAUUAAUGAAAAACUUACAUUGUGCCAGAUUCUGGGUGAGUUUAAUACACUGGAGUCACCCGUGUGCCUGUCUAAUAAAUUUGAGGCUAUGGUACAGAAAUACACUUUGACUGAUAAAGAUGCAUGCUCUCUUCUAAGGGCUUGGGUACCAGCACCUCUAGCAUCCCAGGUAUCUGCAUAUGAGAAUGAUAACUUAGAUGCAGAGGGAAGGAUGAAAGAAUUGCAGCGUGUGUUAAAGAGUCGUGAUGAUAGAGGGAUAAAUGCGUUACAAAGAAUGAGAUUUAGAAGAGGAGAUGACCCUAUAUUGUUCUGUAACCAAUAUCUUUCACUGUACAAAAGUGUGUAUAACUGCCCUGAUAUGUCUGCUGAUGAUUCAGGCUUCAUAUACUCAAUGGCCAAUAUAUGUUAUGUGAACUAUCCUAAUAGGAUUGCCCUCAGAAAUGCCAAUUCAUACCAGAGCUUUAUCAAUAUACUUAGAGACUGGUGUGAAGAAUCCAGUGAUGGUUAUAGAUCAGAUGCAGAUAUAUCAGUAGUGAGCAGAGGUACAAGAAGGAAGAAAUUCAUCAGGUGUUACAAAUGUCACAGACCAGGGCACAUUCAGAGAUUUUGUCGAACCCCCGAUAUUUUCAGCCUGAUACCGGAUGAUAAAGGUAUAUCCACCCAGGACAAGGAAAGCAUACCACAGGAGCCUGAUGUAAUGGAUAACAGCCUUGGGGAGUCUGGAAAUGCUGAGGGGCAAAAGGAGGAGAUUACAGAUAAUAAUGGCCGCCCCCCUCCGAAUAGCCAACAGCCAUGGGGGACGAGCAUACCAAUGUUUGCACCCUGGACUAAUCUUCCAUUUUGGCUGGUAUGCAGUUGGUCCCAAAUAGCAUUACCAUUUUUCUUAAAAAAUAUGGCAAACUUUGUGAGCAAUGCCUGCUUAGUUUAGGAAGAAUAUGGGACUUAAAUUCUAGCCAUACAGAUAACAGGACAAGGCUUAGGGAAUAAGGAUUUGACUGUAAUAAUAAUUGUGUGUAAUAAUUGUCUUUGUGUUUCUUUUUCAGGAGCCACUAAAGGCAGCUUAGUCAAGCUGGCUUAAGACUAAUGUUUUUGCUUUGUUCACAGGUUUUAGGUGGAGUGGUACUGACUACAUUUAGUUAAGCAUUAGUUAGAUCAAUUUAAAAAGGUCUUCAUAGUCACCACGUGGUAUCAUGAGCUCAAUAAUUAGUAAUUGUUUGCAAACAAUUAAAUAACAGUCAGGCAUUUGUUGGUUAAAACAAUCAUGUAUACUGUACCUUUGUGAUGUGAAUUUUUUUUUUGUGUCCCGUCCCCCCCCAUGACUUUUUGUGUUUUAGGUGUAAAUAGCAUUUGCUCUUUCAAUGGACCUCACAGGAAGAUGUCUUUUUUCACACACUAGAACAAAAGUUGAGUUGGGAGAUGGUGUUAGUAUGUGUCUGUCUGUCUGUGUGUGAUGUGUUAAGGGCCAGCAGAAUUUUUUUUUUAUGUGAUUUUUUUUUCUUUUCUACCUUUGCAUUUGUUUUCCUUGUUAAUAUUUUUUAAAUUAACAAGUUGUUGUAUUUUUAUUUUUAUAUACAGACCUACUUCUUGGGUAGGCACUAAACUUCAAAGUUGUUCACCAGAUUGGUCAUGUUCUAGUUAGUAUGGUACCAGUGUAGUAUGGUACCAAAUGGGGGAAUGUGUUUGAAAGAAUUAUAGUUACACUAAGAAGCCAUGUUUUUUGGUUUGUUUUUAUUUUGUUUUUGUGUGGUUUACAAAUACCCCCCCAGCUAGGAUGGAGUUAGAUUACCGCCCCUAGGCAUAUUAGUGAGGUUACAUGUAGGUGUAGAAAGGUAUUGACUGCUAAGAAUAAUGAUACUGCUCUUGAUUUUUAUUUCCAGGAUCCAUAAUGAGGCGAAAUUACAUAUCCAAAUUUGGGACCCUGGAGAAGUAGCGGCAGCCCAAUAUUGUGGUGGCAAUUGGACUACAUUCGUAGCGUUCAUCUUGUACAUAGUUAUUGAUAGAUCUUAGACACUGCUUAACAAAAAAAGAGUGACUGGUAUUUUUUGCGAGGUGUGGCAGAUUAUUUGAAACAAGAUGACAGUGCCCCAUUUAAAUGCGCACAGACAUCAGCUAGAAGUCUGCAUGGGGGAAGGCCUGCCAUGGACAAUAGAAGAACACAUGUGGUUGUUUUGCAUAAAUUCAACAUAUUGCUGAGUUCUUUUUGUUUUCUUGUUUUCUCUUACUUGCACCAUUAAAUCAGUGAGUGGAAAAUGAAGAAAGCAAAAGUUUCUAUCAAUAUAUAAGCCAUACUGAAGUUCUAAAAACUAAUUGUCCGUAGUCUGAUAUGGCCAUGUCUAUUCAAACUUCUUGAAUAGCCAGAUAAUAGGUCUCUUGCAACACCUAUUAUACAGGGGUAAGAAGGCAGAAUGACCAACAAGAAAAAUUAUUCAGCCUUCUGGAAAUUGUUAAUGUGUAUGACAGACAUUUGUAGCAUGUGGUUGGUGAUUAAUUUACUCAAAUGAUGUACUCGAUUAUCAUGAAUGAGGCCUGAAUUUUCACAUGUCUAGUUUAAAAUCAUGCAGAGUACGGCAUUAUGGGUAAAAGUCCAAGGUUUCACUUUAUGCGUAAUAACCAACAUAGAGCACAACGUACAUUAGAAUCACCUGUAUUAGACAUAUAUACAUCUAUCAUGUAUCUUUUGAUUUUUAAUUGUUAUUGUAUGAGAUCUUGUGAGAAGUAGAAUUCAGCUGGAUUGGACCUUUGCAAUGCACAGACUGUCACAUAUUGCUAAAGUGGGCUUGCCCAUAUUCCAGUUAUAUAAGGCAGCUGACAAGCAAGACUAGUUGGUAGUUAAAUGACAAUCUGGUUAAGGGAUCGAGUCAAUUAGCAUGGUGUAAUGUUAUAUACUGUAUGUGAUAUCAAUGUAGGAUAUGUAGAUUUUCCUGUGAUUAUCAUGAGGGAUAUUGGUGACUUGUUAUUUAUUUAUUAAUAUCCAGAAUGAAUAGCGUGUGACUGUUUGAAUAAAAGGGUUCCUGCUCUGUCUAUGACUUCCCAUGUUGACGAAGAAACUGUCUCAGAAGAAAGGCCGCAAUGCCGGAAAGUUUGCAGGACUGGAGCAAUGCAGAUAUCAAGUUUCUGUGGUUUAUUUUUUGAUUGUGUGUGCCAAUAGGCACAAGACCAGGGAAUGUUGGAACCGAUAAAAUUGACAUCUAUGAUACAGCGUUGAUGCAAAGAUGUUCCUUGAUAUCUGGAACUGAAUCCGCCCUGGUCUGCUUGAUAUGCAAAUGAGGACCAUCAAAGGGUUCUUGGGGCAGGACACUGAUGAAAGGAAGAUCUGCCAGGACUGUCGCAUCCUGGGGAAAGCCCGACCCCCCUGCUGGUAUUUACUGCCCACACCUGUGUCAGCAAGGACAUACAUGCUGGGAUAUGGCAGGGGUAUAUGAUAUAACUUUCUUCCUGUGUAAUUACCUGCAAUAACCUAGCUUACAAAUACAAGUCUUCCUGGACUCUACAAUUAAGAAUGUGAUUCGCUGAGACUUGCUGGAGAGGAGUGUUCUGAGUACAGAGAAAAGCCCAUGGCAUGUGUGACUGAGAGAGAGAAUGGUGUAGCUAGCUAAAGGAUCCUGACCCCCUCCAAUCCCCUUUCCCAUUCCCUUAAUUGUAUUUAGAAUGUAGGUAUAUCCCUAUUUGUAAAUAAAUCCAACACUGAGUUAA